GCCUCUGAGUCGCGCGCGAGGCGUGGGGCGGUGCUGGGCAGCGGAGGCUGAGGCGAGCUAGACGCGGGGACUGUCCAGGGAGGCGCAGCGCAGCGCGGCGGGAGCCCUCAGCCCGAGCAGCCCCCGGAGCAGGAGCAGCCGCUGCCGCCGUCCACGGAGCGCAGCCGAACCCGCCAUGGCGUUGUCGAUGCCGCUGAACGGGCUGAAGGAGGAGGACAAAGAGCCCGUCAUCGAGCUCUUCGUCAAGGCUGGCAGUGAUGGUGAAAGCAUAGGAAACUGCCCCUUUUCCCAGAGGCUCUUCAUGAUACUUUGGCUCAAAGGAGUUGUAUUUAGUGUCACAACUGUGGACCUGAAGAGGAAGCCUGCAGACCUGCAGAACUUGGCUCCUGGGACCCACCCACCAUUUAUAACUUUUAACAAUGAAGUCAAAACGGAUGUAAAUAAGAUUGAAGAAUUUCUCGAAGAAGUCUUAUGCCCUCCCAAGUACUUGAAACUUUCACCAAAACACCCUGAAUCAAAUACUGCUGGAAUGGACAUCUUUGCCAAAUUUUCUGCAUAUAUCAAGAAUUCAAGGCCAGAGGCUAAUGAAGCAUUGGAGAGGGGUCUCUUGAAAACCCUGCAGAAACUGGAUGAAUAUCUGAAUUCUCCCCUCCCUGAUGAAAUUGAUGAGAAUAGUAUGGAAGACAUUAAGUUUUCUACGCGUAAAUUUCUGGAUGGCAAUGAAAUGACAUUAGCUGAUUGCAACCUGCUUCCCAAGCUGCACAUUGUCAAGGUGGUGGCCAAAAAAUACCGCAACUUUGAUAUUCCAAAAGGGAUGACCGGCAUCUGGAGAUACUUAACUAAUGCGUACAGUAGGGACGAGUUCACCAACACUUGUCCCAGUGAUAAGGAGGUCGAAAUAGCCUAUAGUGAUGUAGCCAAAAGACUUACCAAGUAAAUGUCACUGAUGAGAGAGAUGUCUUCGCAUCUUCCCCUAAGAAUAUGCUUUUCCUAACAGACUGCUCCUGUUCCUAUAAAGUAGAAAUUUUAUUUUGCAUGAACAUGCAGUUAUUCAAGAUAAGGAUAAAGGAUAGACAAGGUAUAGUAGCUAUCUUUAAAUAUACACUCCUAAGCAGUAUUAUGUUAAAACUCUGUAUCCUGUGUCCCUCCCCUGCCCCAUACCCUCUUCCUCUAAUUCAGAGACACGCCGCCACACUCCCCACUUGGUAGCGGUAGAUCGCUGUCUGUCCGGAGCCCUACCGUUUCAUCUGUCCACGGUGGACAGAGGGCCGAACUUCGGACGUGCAGUGUUUAACUGUUAAAAUAGUACCCACGACCUCCUCAGUCAGCCCCAAACUGGUGCACAGUGCAUGGUACAAGGAAUAUUUAUGUAUUCUGGGAAAUGUAUAAUAUGUAGUAAGAGUAUAUGAAAGGAUCGCUAUUGUAUCAGAACACUCUGUUUCAGUUCAGUCUGUCCUGGGUCUGUCACCAACGGUGGAGAGAGCCUUCCACAGAAAGUCACUACAGAGUUUGUUAUUUUUACUUUGUACAUGGAUUUUUACUUUUGCGCAAAAGCAUUUAUCCUUCAUGCCAGUUAUAUCUGAGGCUCUGUAGAAGCUAAAAGUUCAGAAGAGAGGGGUGAUGCCCUCAAGAUCUUCCUCAAGCAUUUUAUCUAUAUGAGAAAAACCAGUGGGCCCCUGCUACUCUGUCUGCAUGUGUUGUUUUUUGUGUGUAUUCUGCCCAGUGCCAUUUGUUUGGAACUUUAUUGCUUUCCUCCUUUAUUUUAAAAAGCUCCUUUUUAGGUAAGCAUAGACCUUGCUGUCCAGAGAUCUGUUGAGUAACACUACAUAAACUGACGCUUAGUUGAUUUAGCUACAGCAGUACAACAACUUGUAAUGUCAAAAUUAACAAGGUAUUAACCUAAGGAAUGUAGCGUGGGUCUGUCAAAAUAUUAGGCAGAAUUUUGUUUCUGAAGCAUAUUUAAUUAAUAUGGAUAAUCUAAAGGAUGCAUUAUCCAACAUAUAUCAAAAGCAAGGUAAAACACACAUUACCAGCUUUCCCAUUCCACCCCCCCUCCCCAGUGACUGUUAAACUAUGGGUAGAGGGUGGUUCACUCCUUUUGAACUAUAUUAUAGUUCUAAUGGUGAGUACGUAUUUACUGCAGUUUUGCCUAAUUUCAAUCAUUGAACUUCCUUUGAUUAAAUUUUUCUAAAGCUACAUUGAGGAAUAGCACUCUGCAUGGUUUGUUGUUUUUUUUUUUUUAAAUUGAAGUCCUAAACCAGGAAUGAUUGGUUCUCUAACAAGGGAAGAUGAACUUGGUAAAAAUAAAACAAAAGUUUGCUACGUAUUUAUUCAUUUUUAAAAAAUGGACUUUCUAAGUACUACUGCUCCAAAGACCGUGGUUGUAACUAAAAUACAUUUUUGGUAAUUUUUUUAUAUGUAACUUGUUUAAGACGUGCUAUUUCUCAUAGGCUGUUUUUGGAAAUUUAUAUUAUUGCUUUAAAAUGGCAAUGUCCCCCCCCCCCCCCCCUGGUGUGUUAACAUUUAGUAAUCACUGGCGUUACGGAAGCAGCCUGAUUUUUAUAAGCAUAUACUGCAUUUUUUAACCUAUUAGUAAUUAGCUUGGUAUAGAAAGAUAAACUCCAGAUUGUAUCCAUUUGGCUCAGGGAGGUUUCUUUGCCUUGCCCUUCUUACAACUCCUCAUUGCUGAUCAAAAGUCUGGGCACCCACCUUUUUGUAAUUAAAUAUUGGAUAGUGACUUAUCUGGUUUCAAGAAAAGCACUCAGGUUAUCACCGAGAAAUUCUAGAGCAGUAGUUUCAGUGGGUGAAAAUGUCCUGUGUGCACCAGGACACAGGCAGCCAUCACCACUUCCCACCUCCUUUUAAACCAGUAGUGACUUGGCGUUCAGGUGAUACUGAACCUCUCCUUAUGUCUCUCAAAGUAUGAAAAAGAUUCAGGAGAAGGGUCUGUCCUUUCCAGUGAGCAGGGGACUGCGUGGUGCAGAAUAGAGGGGCUAAUGAGGACGGAGGUACAUUGCUCAAAAUAGAGGGACGAAAACCACAUUCUGAAAUUCAGUCAUGAACUGUUUUCACUUUGGAUACUUAUUCUCUUCAUUGUCUCUUUAAAACUUAUCCCAUGAUUGUGUUUGGCUCUCUCUCUAGAUGUCCAAGAAAGGCGAGUCUGUCUGUUACGAUUUUGAUGUAGAAAGACAGAUCUUAUUAUUACGUUAUCAGGGAAGAUAGAUGAAAUUGAGAUUGGCAUAUGGACAAAAGCUAGGAAAAAGGAUGACCCAGAACAUGAUUUUUUCCCCUCAUUUUAUACUUGUGGAAAGAUCAUAGCUUAAAAUCUUGGGAGAUUUUAGGGCAUAAAAGUUUUCAUGGCAGUUCAUGUAGUGUGUAUGAAUUGAUAUAAUGCAGACCAUCUGAUGCUGUUUUUACAACAACUAAAUCAUUUAUUUCCUCAUUUAAGCCCCUUCUGUACCACUUCAGCAAAAUUAGAGUCAAUGGAAACUCUCACUUAUUUUCCAAGGAAUUCUGAGAAAUUUUUCUGUUGAACAGUUGGAAAGCUCUUUACUAUUUCAGUUGAUAUAACUUCCUUUUUUAAAAAAAUGUAGAUGCAGAUUUUCUAUAUCCCUCUAAUAUCUUUUAUUAGGAUCAUUGACUUUUGUGAUGAAAAUCAUAUAUAUAAGAUUCAAUUUCUUGAUAACUCAGCUUACACAAUUUAUUUUUAAACUCUUGAGCAAUCUGUAUACAAUGAAGAGAUUUCUGACAUUUAUUCUUACACUAAGUUGAUCAACUCUAGAAUUUAGGCAUUUUAACGUCUGUUGAGUUUUGAAUCUCUCCAGAGUUACGUAGCUAGCUUUUGUUUCUGUACAUUUAAAAUAUCCACUUAGGAAAUAUCUACAAGGUAAAAAAUGAGAAGAAAUAGCAAUGUAUUUUUUCAUGAACAUUUUGAUAAACAUUUCAUCAUUUAUUGAUUAACCAUUUUCUUACACUGGUUAUAAUCAGUAUUUGAUUCAGAGAGGGAAGCAUUCAUCAUUGAUAUACUAUAUAGGCUUUUUAAAAAAAAUUCCAUCCUUUACAAAUGAUCAAGAUUGGGGCUGUCAAAAUUAUAUUUUUAUCAUGGAAAAAAUUUUUCAAUUCCCUCAGUCCUAAUGUUGAACAGAAUUGGGAGUAUUUUCUUUAGAAUUACUUGAAAAGGCAAAUGAAAGCUUAUUAUAGAAUGCUUGUAUUUUCUUUUCUCUCUCUAGAACCAGUAUAUUGCUGGCAGCUAUUGUAUUAAAGAAAUAAAGUAUAUUUUCACUAUCAUAAAAUGUUCUUUUUUCCCCCACCUCAUGAAAAUAAAUAACAACCUGGGGUAAAAGUGUUUUACUUGAGACUGCUUUUUUCCAUGAGGGGGUGACUCAACACAUUUAAUAGAUUAAAGGGGAAAAAAAUCAUAUGGUCAUCUCAGUAGGUGCAUAAAAUAAUUUGAUAAAAACUUAUGAUUCUCAUUCUUAGCAAAGUAGGGCCAGAGAUUAAAAUUUUUUUUACCUGAAAAGCCAUCUGCCAAGAACCUACAGUUAAUUUCAUAUGUAAAUAUGAAAUAAAGCCCUCCCAUUAAAGCCAGGAAUAAGACAGGAUUGCCUUCUAUCACAGCUAUUAUUUGGCUACUUUUUACAGCUACUUUAUUAGAAGUGUGCUAGUCAAUGCAGUAAAAUCUGUAGAAAGAAUAGGGAAUGGAAAAAAAAAAUGACCAAAUGGAUGCUUUUUGCAGAUGAUGCAUAUACAUAAAAGAAAUACAAAAUAACCUAUCAGAAAUAAUAAGGAAAUUUAGCCAGAUUACUAGAUAAAAUAUUGAAAAAAUAUAAUUACUACAUAUUAAUACUAACUAUAUUAAAAUUAAUAAACUAGUAACUGGAUGACUUUUUUUUCUGGACAAAACCUGGGUGACUGAGGAAAAUGGGAAAUUGUCAAUGUAUACUUUUUUGAGAUUUGAGAAAUUUGUAACAUAUGUUACCUAUUCUAAAAAAUAAAAUGCUUUAAAAGAA